AUGAACAGUGGCGACCGAUACGGCGAUUCUUCCUCUCGACGUGACUACGGUGGAGGUGGCGGAUAUAGUGGUGGAUACAGCAGCUCGCGUGGUGGAGGGGGUGGCUAUAGUGGUGGCCGCGGUGGUUACGGUGGUGGAGGUUACAGCGGCGGUGGUGGUUCUGGGUUUGGAGGCGGUCGGGGUGGGGGAUAUGGAGGCGGAGGUGGCGGUGGCGGCGAUCUCGGUUCAAAUCUAGACUCUUAUAUUCAGUGGGACAUGUCUAAACUUCCGGUGUUUGAAAAGAAUUUUUACUACGAGCACCCAGAUGUGACAAAAAGAUCAGCGGAUGAAUACGAAAAAUGGAAACGGGAACACCAGAUAAAUGUCACUGGUAAAGGUGUUCCUAAGUGCGUCCUGUCUUUUGAAGAGGCAUCUUUUCCCGAGUAUGUCCUAGAAGAGGUCGUGCGAUUAGGAUUCGACAAACCCACGCCUAUUCAAUGCCAAGGGUGGCCCAUGGCGCUAUCAGGACGCGACAUGGUUGGUAUUUCAGCCACGGGAUCUGGAAAAACACUAGCUUUCUUGCUUCCAGCAAUCGUACACAUUAACGCUCAGCCGUAUUUACAACCUGGCGAUGGACCUAUCGUUCUAAUUAUUGCCCCCACGCGGGAACUCGCCGUGCAGAUCCAGGCAGAGUGUAAUAAGUUUGGUGCGAGCUCUAAAAUCAAAAACACGUGUGUAUACGGUGGUGUUCCUAAGGGCGGUCAGAUCGCUGACCUUCGUCGCGGUGUGGAGAUUUGCAUUUGUACGCCUGGUCGUAUGAUUGAUAUGUUGAGCAUGGGCAAGACGAAUCUACGACGUGUCACAUACCUAGUGCUAGACGAGGCUGAUCGCAUGUUGGAUAUGGGUUUUGAGCCACAACUUCGCAAAAUUGUGAGCCAAAUUCGUCCAGACCGUCAGACGCUGAUGUGGUCAGCAACGUGGCCGAAGGAAAUUGUGGCAUUAGCGAACGAUUUUUUGACAGAUUUUAUUCAGGUGACAGUAGGCUCGUUAGAUCUGACAGCCAAUAAGAGAAUCAAGCAAAUCGUAGAGGUGAUGGACGAUCACCAGAAGUAUGCUUCUCUACAGGAUCAUUUGCGUGACAUUUACGAAGGGGGUCGAAUCAUUAUUUUUUGCGAGACGAAGCGUGGUGCUGAUGAACUUAGCCGCAACUUACGGAAUACUCGCUACAUGUGCAAGGCCAUCCACGGUAACAAGUCUCAGGAGGAGCGUGAUUAUGUGCUUCGUGAUUUCAAGGAAGGCAAGACUCAGAUCUUGGUCGCAACAGAUGUCGCGUCCCGUGGUUUAGAUAUCAAGGAUAUUCGCUAUGUGGUGAAUUUCGACAUGCCCAAAAAUAUCGAGGACUACAUCCACCGUAUCGGUCGUACAGCUCGUGCUGGCAACAAAGGUACAUCGAUCUCAUUUUUUACGGCUUCCAACAAUGGUAGAUUGGCCGCUCCUUUAGUAAAAAUUCUCGAGGAUGCUGGACAGGAGGUUCCUCGUGAGCUGCGCGAUCUUGCCUCACAAUUUCAUUUAGAGAUGUUUUACCUUAAAAUUGGUCCAGGUAAAUGUUAA